UUGCGGUCGGGCCUCGACGGCCAUGGCCAACUCCUCAGACGGCUACGACGACGUAUUCUCCCCACCACCCUCGACUUUGACGACGGCGACGACGACGAACCCCAGGACGCGGAAGAUGUCCUCCACCCACAGCAAUACCAACACCGAUCUGGUCUCCCAUACCUCGUCCGCAGGCGACAUGCGGCUCUACCUCCAGAACUUGCUCGAUAGGAAAGAGAAGCAGCUUCAGCAGGCUGGUGCGCUGGGCCAGAGAGUGCUCGCGCAGCAGGUUGAGCUGGAAGAGAGAGUGAGAGAGCUGCAGGAGCUGGAUGCGGACAAGGCGCUUGGGGAGGACGACGAGAUCGAUGCGGAUAUGAGAGAGAGGUAUCGUCAGCUCGCGCAGUCGUUCACUGUUUGGGAUGCGGAGAAUGUACAGCUUUCGACGGCGUUCGGCAAGGCUCCUGUGAAUGGGAGUUCAUCACGACCGCCGUCGCGGCCACCAUCGCGACCUCAGUCGCCCCUUCUAAGUUCAUCGCCACCGCCGGAAAUGCCCCAUUCGACGUCCGACAACGAACGAAUCCAUAAGCCAGCAGCAGCCGGUACUUCUGCAGCUCAAUCGUCGAGACGGGCGAAGAAUGCGGCUCACCGUGCGGACGACGUCGAAUUCGCUUUCGAGAUCGGUUCCGGUCUGCUCACCGAGGUUCGGAGACUACAAAGCCUGCUCGGGGAGCGUGACAAGGCGAUUGCAGAUAUGAAGGAGGAGAAGGAGGAGGCCGAGCGUGCCGCUGAGAGUCUGCGGGCAGCGUUGAAGGCCCAAGAGGCCAGUACCGAGAAAUAUCGCGAAGAGAACUGGAACCUCGAAGUCACGCUGCAAGAGCUCCGACAGAACCACAGCACGCUCCAAGAGACGCACUCGAAACUUUCCGCCGACCACAGCCGGUCGUUGAAGCAGCUCUCGACCAUCCGCGAGACAUCGGACGCACAUCGUAUCGAGGCCGAACGUCUGAACACCCAAUUCGACGAGUUCAAGGCUAAGCAUGAGACCGAUGUCGCGCAGCACCGCAGGGAGAGGGCCGCUCUGAUGAGGGAUAAGAGUGAUCUGUCGACGACGCUGGAGCAGCUGAAGAAGGAGGCCGAACGCAAAGAGAAACGCGGGUUCGGGCUUGGAGGCUCGCCUCUGACUCCGGAGCAGCGUGCGGAAAGGGGCAGAUACCUUACUCCUUCUGUGUACGGCGAAGGCGAGGACGAUAUCUUCAGCGAUAGGACCGGUGGCGCCUCGACGAAUCGUAGGAAGUCUGGGGAGGGGACGUAUAACGGGGAGUUCUUGAGUGAUAUGGAGGAAGAUGAUGAUGACGCUUCUCCGUUGAAGAAACCGUUCAUGGCCCCUAACCAUCCCGCGAACGAAGUCGAGGCGUUGCAGCAGAGGUUGUCACAUGCGCAGAGGCAGAUCUCGACCUUGAAAGGCACUUUGCAGAGGGAGAAGGAGAGAGGGAUUGAGUUCAGGAAGCAGGCUGGUAGAUCCCCUGCUAGCUCUGCUGUUUUCGGCGAGGGAAUGGAGCAGGCUGGAAGUGACGACGAGGGAGAGGCGGGUCCCAAUGGUUCGCUCAAGAAACCGAGAAGAGGCACGCCGAUUCGCGUUGGUGCUGCUGGUCGAGGACGAGGCAGGGCCAGAGGUCGCGGUGGGAUGCUGUUGCAGCAAAGACUGGAGGCCGCGAGAAACGGCGACGACGACGAUGAUGCGGAUACUACUGCUUCGCCACCACCUCCCGUCCCAUCCCUUCCCCAAUUCCUCGGUGACGCCGAGGCAGACGAUCAAGACCAAGACACUACCGUUGGUCCAGAGCCAGAAGAAGCCGCUUCCAACAGGACCAGUAUCGACGGCAUGGACCCUGCGUUCGCUAACGUUCUUCGCCGCUCCUCUUCCUCUGGCUCUCUACCAUACAGCGGCUCUCCCCUCCGCAACCAACUCUCAGCAUCCAAUUCUUCCCCCGCUCGUGGUCUUUUGGGCAUCGCCAUGGGCCGCGGUACACUUAGGAGAAGAGGCGGAGCCGCAUUCCAAGAAGCCAGACCUCCUUCGCUCGUCGGCAAGCCGGAAGCUCUCGCAGCUGAACUCUGGGGUGGGUAUGAGGGCGAAGGCGACAGUGUGGUCCUGCCCGAACACAGCUUCGACAUCCGAGUCGACACAGCAGAGUUUGGAUGUCAAACUGAGUCGAUGGAGGUGCCAGAACGAGAGCCCGAGUCGCCUGCGAUUCAGGUCACGCCGAUUCCGCCUGAGACGAGUGAGAUGGGCAUCCAGGUCGAGCCUGAGCUUGUCCCUGAAAUUCCGAAGGUUGAGACUAUGGAGAUGGAGAUCCAGACGGAGCCAGAGCCUGUGCCCGAGCCUGAACCGGUACCCGAGCCCGUUGUCGUCGAACGCUCGGAGAUGGGCAUUCAGUACGAGCCUUUGGAGCCUCCCAGGACGUACGGCGAAAUGAGCAUCGUUACGGAUGAGGUCGAAGAGCCUGUUGUCCCCGUUCCAGAGCCUGUGGUCCAAACCGAAGCCGAAACACAGACCGAACUUGCUGAAGUCGCCCAUAUGGAUGUUCAGACCGAUGCCAACGAGGUCACUUUCCCUACGACAGCCGACGCGGAUAUGCAGACGGAGGAGUCGGAAACGACGAUCCUUCCUGGGGAGGCAUGGUCCAGGUCACGGAGGACGACCCUCACGCAACUCGAUGUCAACAAGACGAGCCCUGUUCGUGCUGCCGGGCUCGCUAUCGCGAUCGAGGCCGCGGUCGGGGAGGAGGACGAUAGUCGAACGGAGACCGGGGACGACACGGGCACCGAUACCGAGACUGAUGAGGCGGAGUUCCACGAUGCGAGGAGUGUCGUGAUGACCGCAUCGACGCCGACGUACUCGCUCGACGACUUCCAAUCCAUGCGGGACGUGACGGACGACGAGGACGACGGUGAGAGCAUCAUUGCUUCCAGGCUGAACAGCCGCCCCGCGCUUGAUUCCGCGGCAUCUUCAUCGGCAUCGGUGCCUUUAGCCAGGCCACGUCCGCGGACGGCGGUAUACGAGCCCCUGGCUACGUACGAAGAUAAAUCGGUCGGAAUGGAUGUCGUGGAAGAACCAAUGCCAGACGAGCCAGAGCCCGCUCCCGCGCCUAUUCCUGUACUAGAACCAGUCGUCGAACCUCCGAAGCCCGAACUGAAGGAGAUGUCCAUCCAGACGGACGAGUGGAAGCCUCCGACUCCUCCUCUUGCACCGGUUGCAGCUCCAGUGCAGCCUCAGCCUUCGUAUGCUGCAAUCAGAGUGGGCCCGGCGAUGCAGCAAUUCCAGUACAUCUCACCACCUGCGUCGGCUGGUCCCACCGCGACUGCGACGCCAGGUAUCUCCGCUCCUUCAUCGCCAGCUGGGCCUCCAACGUCGAUCAUCCCCGCUCGUGACGUCGCGACUCUUCCUCGUCCACGUACGUCCCAGUCUGAUCGUCGUCAGUCCAUCGAGUCAGCACUUUCCGGCGGCGUGGAGGACGGUGCUCCUCGAUCCCGACUACCCUCGACCAUACCCACCCCUGUUGACAAGUCACGCCCGCCGAUGAUGAUGCUUCCUCCUCCACCUCGUCAACCACCUCCGCCGAACAGUAUGCCGCCGCCCCAGUUCAUACCAGACCGGAGGAUCCCUUUGACUUCCACGGCCUCCUCGCACAAUGGGCAUGAAGCUCCCCCUGGUCGUCCGAUCUCUCCACCACCGCCUGACCUUAUCCAGCGCGCCACAACGCCUCAGCUCAGACCUGCGUUCUCUCCUCGUAUGCAUGGUACGAGCUUGCCAGGGUCGCAAAAUCUUGGACAGAGGCCUUCGACGACCAGCUUCAGAUCUGCGGCCAACGCAACAGGGUCGUAUGUCGGUGCCUCGGCAGCGCUCGCUCAUCUUGCUCACAGAGAUAGGGGAAGAGAGCUCUCGAGUACCUCCCUGCAGAGCGGAGACUCCCUUGGUUCUGGAAGGUCGUCGAUGUCUUCGGAUCAUCACUACUACCCGCAUGCGGCCGGGAACAGGUCUAUCGCUCCCACUACAACGACGAACGGACCUCAUACGCCUGGGAACUUGGGCGCUGGGUCUCCAGCGGGUGGUCCUGCUGGUAUGGGCGGAGUGACCGACCCGUCGGUCAUCCAUGCUAUCACGCAGACCAUGAUUGGCGAGUUCUUGUACAAGUACACGAGGAAGGCGAUUGGGAAGGGCUAUGGCGAGAAGAGGCACAGGAGGUUCUUCUGGGUGCAUCCGUACACGAAGACGUUGUAUUGGAGUUCGUCGGAUCCUGGGUCAUCAAAUGUUUUCGAGUCGAGUGCGAAGAGCGCCUAUAUCGAGGCCGUUCGCUCGGUUCUUGACCCGAAUCCGAUGCCGCCUGGUCUUUACCAGUACAGUGUUGUCGUGUCGACGCCGCAGAGGGAGAUGAAGAUCACUGCACCGACUAAAGAGAGGCACGAUAUGUGGCUCAGUGCAUUGAAAUAUCUCCUUACGCGGCCGAGCUCGCUACCCGGAACCUCUCCUGGCAUGAAAGGCAUCCCAGGCCCAAUGCCGUCGAGCCCUCUUUCAGGUCAAAGCCAUCUUCAAGACCAGGACCGUGACGACGAUGCUCCCCCGCCCCAAUCGCACCUUCUUGCCAGCCCUCAGAGUUUCCGUAGCGUUCGGAGUGCCGGGACCAGCGAGUGGAACGCGACGCCUCGAGGGCAGAGGAGUCAGUCUCAGCUGUCUGUCGGUGGAUCCGUGGGCAAACGUUCGGGGACGCCUGCAGCCGAGUAUCUGCGGUACGGUGGUGGUGACUCGUAUAGUCCAAGUCCCGGAAAAGAGUUCGUAGACAUACCCGGCCAGCACGACGACGAGGAUCUGGACUUUGAGCUUCACGAUGAUACUAUUGGCGAUGGCGGAUUCCAAGGUCUCGAGAACGUCCGCGCUUGCUGCGAUGGUCGCCACACUGUCGGGCCCUCUGGCCAUGUCCACCACCAUCAUCACCACAACCACGAUCAAACACCAACCUCUCCUCCUCCUCGAAAACGCGAAAGGUCUCGUGCGAGAGAUCAUCAUCUAGAUGCACACCCCUCCGACGUGGAACGGCCAACUUCUCCGGCGUGGUCGUUCCGUUCGAGAGCAGGUAGUGCUACAUCGGGCGAGGGUGGUGGUGGGUUGUUCUCCGGCAAGCUGAGGUUUGGAUCGAAGAGGGCUACGAAGACGCCGAAGCCUCCCGUACCCACAUUCGCCGGACCUGAAGUGUCGUAGUUGAGCAUCCAAGUCUUUUCCCGUCCCCGUUAUCUCUUGCAAUAUCUACGGUCUAGUUUUGGUCAUCUCUGCGCUGUUUUCGUUCCUCUCUUCGUAUCUUGUUGCGUUAUACCUAUGCCUUUUAUCUCUCGAUAUAUCCAUAUCCCAAGUCUGUCUACUACAUAUACAUUUUACCCCAGUCUCUCCCUCAGACUCCUCAUCUCCCCUCGAACUCACUUUGACUCCAGCUACCCUAUCGUUACCGUUUUUUUUUGUUCUACUGUUUCUUUUGAUUUGGUUCGAGUCUGAUCUAUUUAGUUAGUAUCCAGCAAGCCCGCCAUACAGUAUUGUACGUUUGGCCACACACACUCCCUCGUAAUAAUGACGUUUUCUUUUCUCUUACUCGUGAUGAAUACCAUCUUGUUUUGCCCUGCUUUC